UUAUUUCCCUCAGCUAUCAGAAUAAGUAGACCGUCAACAAAGGCGGUAAACCCCUCUGCGAAGCAUUAGGGGAGACGAGACCCUCCUUCGAUCUCUCUCUCUGCUGCUUUGCUUCCCGCUCUCUUCAACAAAGAACCUAAUCAGCAGUGACGUUGUUUUUAAUUUCUGGGUUGUGGUGUGUUGAAGUGCUGCAAUCAUGUUUGGCCGUGCUCCUAAGAAGAGUGAUAACACCAAAUACUAUGAGAUUCUAGGUGUUGCAAAAAGUGCAAGUCAAGAUGAGCUCAAAAAGGCAUAUAGGAAAGCUGCCAUAAAGAAUCAUCCCGACAAAGGUGGUGACCCUGAGAAAUUCAAGGAGUUGGCUCAGGCUUACGAAGUUCUUAGUGAUCCUGAGAAAAGAGAAAUCUAUGACCAAUAUGGUGAAGAUGCACUCAAGGAAGGAAUGGGAGGAGGUGGUGCCUCUCACAAUCCUUUUGAUAUAUUCGAAUCAUUCUUUGGUGGAGGAGCUUUUGGUGGUGGUGGUAGCUCAAGAGGCAGAAGACAGAAACAAGGUGAAGAUGUAGUCCAUACCUUGAAGGUUUCUCUAGAGGACUUGUACAAUGGAACAUCUAAGAAGCUUUCUCUGUCGAGAAAUGUACUCUGCCCAAAAUGUAAAGGUAAAGGGUCAAAGAGUGGGUCAUCUGGAAGAUGUUUUGGAUGCCAAGGUACAGGAAUGAAGAUCUCAACCAGACAGAUUGGACCAGGCAUGAUCCAACAGAUGCAGCAUGUUUGUCCAGAAUGCAGAGGCUCAGGUGAGGUUAUCAGUGAGAAAGACAGAUGCCCAAACUGCAAAGGGAACAAGGUUACUCAGGAGAAGAAGGUGCUGGAGGUUCAUGUUGAGAAAGGAAUGCAACAUGGCCAGAAAAUUGUAUUCCAGGGUGAAGCGGAUGAAGCUCCCGACACUAUUACAGGGGACAUUGUUUUUGUGUUGCAACUUAAGGAGCACCCAAGGUUCAAGCGAAAGUACGAUGAUCUCUAUGUCGAACACACACUUGGUUUGACGGAGGCUCUCUGUGGCUUCCAAUUUGCUUUGACCCACCUUGAUGGCAGACAAUUACUGAUCAAAUCGAAUCCUGGCGAGGUUAUCAAGCCGGGUCAAUACAAGGCGAUUAAUGAUGAGGGGAUGCCACACCAUGGGAGGCCUUUUAUGAAGGGCCGACUGUACAUUCAUUUCAAUGUGGAAUUCCCAGAUUCUGGGAUUCUAUCCCCGGACCAGUGCCGUUCCUUAGAGACAAUUCUACCACCAAAACCUAGUAGCCAAUUGUCAGAGAUGGAGCUGGAUGAGUGUGAGGAGACCACCUUGCAUGAUGUCAACAUUGAUGAGGAGAUGAGGCGGAAACAGCAGCAGCAACAGCAGGAAGCAUAUGAUGAGGAUGAUGAGCCAUCGAUGCCCCGAGUGCAGUGUGCGCAGCAAUAGAAGUCCUGGCUCUCUCCCCCUACCCCCAGCUUUUCAACCAUCCUGCACAUGACCUCACAUUAGAAGAGUCCUGCUUCUUACCUGGGAGGUAUUUUCAUAUUGUUAUUUCUACUUAAGGGGAAGGUCAGAGUGGUUAUGUACCGGCUGGCUGUCUCAAUUUACCUCUCUUAAUGUCAUUUUCCUUUUAAUUGUGUUAUUACUAUUAGUGCCUUUUAGAAACAUGGUAUUGAAUUGACUAGCAAUAUUUAUGUUUAUUUUUGAGUUGAUUUUAA